GGCCGCCGCGCUCCGGACCCACAGCCCCCGGCGCCGCGCGUUCGGGCGGCCCAGGGCGCCACCUUCCUAUUUCUUCUCAGCCGCAGCCCUCCCCUUAGAGUUGAGCAUCUGUUUGCCUGAAGUUAAGUUCCAGAAGCAGGUGUCCCCAGAACUGGGCCAGGGGGAUGAACCGCGAGGGAGCACCCGGGAAGAGUCCGGAGGAAAUGUACAUCCAGCAGAAGGUCCGCGUGCUGCUCAUGCUGAGGAAGAUGGGGUCAAAUUUGACCGCCAGUGAGGAGGAAUUCCUGCGCACCUAUGCAGGGGUCGUCAGCAGCCAGCUCAGCCAGCUGCCACAGCACUCCAUCGACCAGGUUAACAAGCACAAGCCAUGGCUCGAACCCACCUACCACGGGAUAGUCACCGAGAAUGACAACGCGGUGCUGCUCGACCCCCCGCUCAUCGCCCUGGAUAAAGAUUCACCGCUGCGCUUUGCAGAGAGUUUUGAGGUGACAGUCACCAAAGAAGGUGAGAUUUGUGGCUUUAAAAUUCACGGGCAGAAUGUCCCCUUUGACGCUGUGGUAGUGGAUAAGUCCACGGGUGAGGGAAUGAUCCGAUCAAAAGAGAAACUGGACUGUGAGCUACAGAAAGACUACACAUUCACCAUCCAGGCCUACGACUGCGGCAAGGGACCUGAUGGCACCGGUGUGAAAAAGUCUCACAAAGCGACGGUGCACAUCCAGGUGAACGACGUGAAUGAGUACGCCCCGGUGUUCAAGGAGAAGUCGUAUAAGGCGGCCGUGGUCGAGGGCAAGCAGCAGGGCAGUAUCCUCAGGGUGGAGGCUGUGGACGCAGACUGCUCCCCUCAGUUCAGCCAGAUCUGCAGCUAUGAGAUUCUCACCCCGGAUGUGCCCUUCACCGUGGACAAAGACGGUUAUAUUAAAAACACAGAGAAGCUAAACUACGGCAAAGAGCACCAGUAUAAGCUCACCGUCACAGCCUAUGACUGUGGGAAGAAAAGAGCCACGGAGGACGUCCUCGUGAAGAUCAGCGUCAAGCCCACCUGCAGCCCCGGGUGGCAAGGCUGGAGCAGCAGAAUCGAGUAUGAGCCCGGCACAGGGCCUUUGGCUGUCUUCCCGAGCAUCCACCUGGAGACGUGUGAUGAGCCUGUCGCCUCUGUGCAGGCCACGGUGGAGCUGGAGACCAGCCACAUAGGGAAAGGCUGCGAUCGAGAUACCUACUCUGAGAAGUCCCUUCACCGGCUCUGUGGGGCUGCUGUCGGCACCUCAGAGCUGCUCCCAUCCCCCAGUAGCUCCUUCAACUGGACUGUGGGCCUCCCCACUGACAACGGCCAUGACAGCGACCAGGUCUUUGAGUUCAAUGGCACGCAGGCGGUGAGGAUUCCAGAUGGUGUUGUGACCCUUAACCCUAAAGAGCCUUUUACAAUUUCUGUGUGGAUGCGGCAUGGGCCUUUUGGCCGGAAGAAGGAGACCAUUCUCUGCAGUUCAGAUAAAACAGAUAUGAACCGACACCAUUAUUCGCUCUAUGUCCAUGGGUGUAGACUCAUUUUCCUCCUCCGUCAGGACCCGUCUGAGGAGAAGAAAUACAGGCCUGCGGAGUUCCACUGGAAGCUGAACCAAGUCUGUGAUGAGGAUUGGCACCACUUUGUCCUCAAUGUGGAAGUCCCAAGUGUGACUCUCUACGUGGAUGGUGUCUCUCAUGAGCCCUUCUCCGUGACAGAGGACUACCCUCUUCAUCCAACCAAAAUAGAAACUCAGCUUGUGGUCGGCGCUUGCUGGCAAGAGUAUUCAGGAGUCGAGAGUGGCAAUGAGACUGAGCCUGUGACGAUGGCCUCUGCAGGUGGCGACCUGCACAUGACACAGUUUUUCCGAGGUAACCUGGCUGGCCUCACAGUCCGUUCUGGGAAACUGGCAGAUAAGAAGGUGAUUGACUGCCUGUACACCUGCAAAGAGGGGCUGGACCUGCAGGUCCCGGAAGAUGGCAACAGAGGCGUGCAGAUCCAAGCAAGCUCCAGUCAGGCGGUAUUGACCUUGGAGGGAGACAGUGUUGGAGAGCUGGAUAAGGCCAUGCAGCACAUUUCCUACCUUAACUCAAGGCAGUUUCCCACACCAGGCAUCCGCAGGCUCAAAAUCACCAGCACCGUCAAGUGUUUUAAUGAGGCAGCUUGCAUUGAGGUGCCCCCAGUGGAGGGCUACGUGAUGGUUUUGCAGCCUGAAGAGCCUAAAAUCAGCCUGAGUGGCAUCCACCACUUUGCCCGGGCAGCUUCUGAGUUUGAGAGCCCAGAGGGUGUGUCCCUCUUCCCUGAGCUGAGAAUCAUCAGCACCAUCACCAGAGAGGUGGAGCCCGAGGCAGACGGGGCUGAGGACCCCACAGUACAAGAAUCCCUGGUGUCGGAGGAAAUUGUGCAUGACCUGGACACCUGUGAGGUCACGGUGGAAGGGGAGGAGCUGAACCCAGAGCAGGAGAGCCUGGAGAUGGACGUGGCCCGCCUCCAGCAGAAGGGCAUCGAAGUGAGCCACUCUGACCUGGGCGUGGUCUUCACAGGUGUGGAGACCAUGGCAAGCUACGAGGAGGUUUUGCACCUCCUGCGAUAUCGGAAUUGGCACACCAGGUCCCUGCUGGACCGGAAGUUCAAGCUCAUUUGCUCAGAGCUAAAUGGCCGCUACCUCAGCAAUGAGUUCAAGGUGGAGGUGAAUGUGAUCCACACAGCCAACCCUGUGGAACACGCCAGCCACAUGGCUGCUCAGCCUCAGUUUGUCCACCCUGAACAUCGAUCCUUUGUGGACCUGUCUGGUCACAACCUGGCCAAUCCUCACCCAUUUGCAGUUGUCCCCAGCACAGCGACUGUCGUGAUUGUGGUAUGUGUCAGCUUCCUGGUUUUCAUGAUCAUCCUGGGGGUGUUUCGGAUCCGGGCUGCACAUCAGCGAACGAUGCGGGACCAGGACACGGGGAAGGAGAACGAGAUGGACUGGGAUGACUCUGCCCUGACCAUCACCGUCAACCCCAUGGAGACGUAUGAGGACCAGCACAGCAGUGAGGAGGAGGAAGAGGAGGAGGAGGAGGAGGAGAGUGAAGACGGGGAGGAAGAGGAGGACAUCACCAGUGCCGAGUCAGAGAGCAGUGAGGAGGAGGAAGGUGUCCCCGGGGACGGCCAGAAUGCCACCCGACAGCUGGAAUGGGAUGACUCCACACUCAGCUACUAAACCCACGCUCAGCGCCUGCUCUCUAGACUCUCUCCCAGCCAUCUCCAGCCCCACAGGUCCACGAUGUACAAAAUCAUUUUGACCAGCAGGUCUGCAGACCCCUCCCCCACUGCUGAAAGUUCCUCCUGUGCUUGGUGUGUGGGACCACCGGCUCCGCCCUCCCCACCCAUCACGCUUGCAGUUUUGCUAGAAGCUGGCACUUCCUCCCCGGGCAGGGGCCCCAAAACAGCACCUCAGACCCCGAGUACCUGGAGUCCCCUGUCAGCCAGGGGGAGGACACCAGCACCUGGGACCUCCAGAGAAGCCGCAGUGAGCGGACUUGUCAUUGACAGAGGGUGAAAAAUUACUCCCAUGCAGUCAGUAACCAUUUGUCUUCUUUAUUUUUAAAAGUUUUUAUUUUUUUUUCCAAACUAGUGCAUGUAUAAAGUGGGAGAGCGGGGCGGGGUGGUGGGGUGGUUAAUAUGUAGAUGACCAACUGACUUUUUAAUAUUUUGUAAAUAAAUUGGGACUCUGUGUCCUCUGUGCUAGUGUAGUCCAGGACAGGAAUAUAAAGUCAGAACACAGGGCCAGCGAGUCACAGUGGCCCUUACAGCCACGUGGCCAGGGCCAGAGGCUUUGAGUGCUGCCUGGGGGGGUGAGACCCACGCCCCCACCACAUUAGAGGCUGGGCACAGCCAGGAUACUGUCAGACCCCUGGCCUUUCUUGUACAUGCCUGUGACUGGCAGCCGCAUGGUUCCUGCUUGAAAACGUGUAGCUGGGAGCUGACAGCAGAGGUGCAGGAGGUCGGGCAAGACAGCAGUUCUGAGCACGUCUGCUCUCCAGCACCCGAGGAGGAGACCCCAAGGCACAAGGACAAACUGCUACAAUGCUCCAAACCGUUUCUCUCCUCCCCAGAGGUCCGUCCCAUGGGACGCCCCUUGCUGUUGGGUUUGGGGUAAGAUCUAAGACGCAGCAGACGAGAACCAGUUGGCCCAGCGGGGAGGAGGAGACAGAAGCUAAAACCCAUCAGCACAGCUUGUCAUUCACAGUCACAGUUUAGACUGCUCACUGGCUGCUAGUUUUAAGGAUGCCGGACGCUGUACUGUCUGUGGCCGCCCUCCCGUGUCCUGUUCCCUGGAGCUGCUUUCUUAGAUGGAAACAGGCUAAGGAAGAAAGGGACACAGUCGUGUGUCAGUAGCCGCAGGGUCCCCUUUAAGAUGUGUAUAUUGACACUAGAUCAGGAAGUGUAUGCGUUACAAUAAAGUUCUGGUUCUAACUC